UGUGGUGCUGGGCAGAGCGUUAUGGCUCAGACGCUGCAGAUGGCGAUCCCUAACUUUGGCAACAACGUCCUGGAGUGUUUGAACGAACAGCGGCUGCAGGGCCUAUACUGUGAUGUCUCUGUGGUCGUCAAGGGACACGCCUUCAAGGCCCACCGUGCGGUUCUGGCCGCCAGCAGCUCCUACUUCAGGGAUCUGUUCAACGCUGGUGGUAAGAGUUCGGUGGUGGAGCUGCCCCCGGCAGUGCAGCCGCAGAGCUUCCAGCAGAUCCUGGCCUUCUGCUACACAGGACGCCUCAGCAUGAACGUUGGAGACCAGUUCCUGCUCAUGUACACCGCCGGCUUCCUCCAGAUCCAACAGAUCAUGGAGAAAGGCACAGAGUUCUUCCUCAAGGUCUCAUCUCCAAGCUGUGACUCCCAGGGUCUCCACACUGAGGAGACCCCGCCCUCUGAGCCUCAGAGCCCUGUCACUCAAACAGUGGGAGGGGGUGGAGGCGGUGUUGUCGCCACGGCCACAGGGAGGCCCUCCUCAUGUCUUACACCCCUUCCCCUGGUGUCCAAGGUAAAGACAGAACAGACGUCGACCACUCCUCAGACCACCCCCCACCCGCAGCAGCAGGAGGGCUCCCCCUACUCGGUGGUCUGCACCCCCGUGGCCAAGCGGCUGUGGGAAGGGGGCAACCGUGAUGGGGGCGGAGGGUCUGGAGGGGGUGGCGGAAUGAGGAAGGCUGCACGCUAUUCUUCCUCCUCUUCCUCCUCCUCCUCUUCUAACAACACUACCCAGGAUGCCUCUGGUCGUGGACCUGCAUCUGGCAACGCUGUGAUGAUGGGCGGCGGCACCACUUCAGUGGGAGGAGCCGGACUCAACAGCAACCAUAACAACCAUAACAACAAUAACCACAACGGUGGAACCCCAGAGGGCACGAGCCCGGGCACGCUGAGCAUGUACACCAGUGACUCGCCAAUCAGUUACCACGACGACGAGGAAGAUGAUGAUUUGGCUUCACCUUUGGGAGCUGUCAUGUCGUCCAUCUUUUAUUUACAAUUUACAACAUCAAAGCUCAUCUCAGUGUUUUUUCCCUCCUCAGUGGUCGGGGAGAGGGUGGAGGCUCUGCCGGACCUGGCCCCAGACUCGGGCGGCGGGCGGGGAGGCAGGGGGGCACGUUCUCGGCAGGACCUGGCUUCGCUGCCCGCCGAGCUCAUCAGCCAGAUCGGCAACCGCUGCCACCCGAAGCUGUACGAGGAGGGCGACCCGGCCGAGAAGCUGGAGCUGGUGAGCGGCACGUCCGUGUUCAUCUCCCGUGCCCAGCUCAUGAACUGCCACGUCAGCGCCGGCACCCGCCACAAAGUGUUGCUCAGACGCCUGCUGGCGGCGUUCUUUGACAGGAGCACUCUGGCAAACAGCUGUGGAACAGGUAUCCGCUCUUCAACCAACGACCCGAGUCGUAAACCCCUGGACAACCGAGUUCUGCACGCUGUCAAAUUUUACUGCCAGAACUUUGCGCCGAGCUUCAAGGAGAGCGAGAUGAAUGCCAUCGCGGCCGACAUGUGCACCAACGCUCGUCGCGUCGUCCGCAAGAGCUGGAUCCCCAAGCUUAAACUGCUGAUGGCCGACAGUGACGCCUACUCCGCCUUCCUGGCCGACAGCGUGAAGAUGGAGGCUGAUGGGCUGGGGGCGGAGCAAGGAUUUGACCCUGCCUCCCUGGAGGCUGUGGCAGCGGCGGCGGCAGCAGCAGCCGCCAACAGUCACGAAUCGGGAGGUGGAGCCACGACAGCAGACGCCCUCCAUGGGGCGGUAGGAGAUGGCAGCAAUUUGUUUUGAGUGAGUGAACGGACAGAUAGAUGAAAGGACAGAUUGAUGGGGGGAUGGGAUUUCUCUGGGGGCGAUGAGUAGAGAACGGUGGCCUCCCUGAGGCCGUGACGACAGUUGUCAGUCCUCACUGAGCCGCCAUUUGUUUGGGGACAUGUCUCUACUUUUACUCUUUUGGUCAUUUUGUUCUGCUUUCCCUCUUUUGUUUGUCCUCAUUUCCAUCUUUCUCCAACCCUGAACGCCUCAUUUCGGGUUGUUCCUCCUUCCUGUUCUGGUGGAGAGAGAUAGAAAGACAACAGAGAAAGAAAGGUGGCAGAGGGAAGACACCCCCCCCCCCAGCUCCUCAUCCCUCUGCAACUUUUCCAGACCUGAUAGUUUAAGCCUUUAUUUUUUUAUGUGUUAAAGUGUGUACUGUCACUGAGGCCAUUUUUCUUACCAUAAUCAAUCAGACAUUCCCUGGGGCGGGGGGGGCGAACCCUGUGUUCCAGUGACGUUUCCUUUUCCGAACUCCAGUAACACUGUUGUUUUUGAUAAUGAAUGUAUGCGUGGCGAAGCGUCGAGAGUUAGUGGAGGCAGAGAGAGAUUGUACAGAGCCCAGUUCUAUUAUUGUUUUGCUUUAUUUCAUGUGGACGCCCAGAUGGAAGCGUGGGGUCGACGAGGUCAGGGGUUGAAAUUAAUAUUAAUAUGUAUAUUGGCAUGGUUUAUGAUCCCCGCCCCCCCGCCCCCCACACCUCACCAACCCUGCUCCAUAACUCCUGCUGGGCAUGCUGGGAAACUAAAUGACCAGCCGCUGGAGAAAUACUGCUGAAUUCCGAGCGGCAGCAUUUUUAGCUGCUGGCAAUUUGUCGGCCAUUUUUGGUGGCAGAUAAAAAAAAAAAAAGAGAACUAAGAUUUGCGUGACUAAAACUUUUUACCACCUAAUCUCCUUUUAUUUUUUGACCCUUAAAGAAAAAGAUAAUUUCAGUUUGUUUACUUCUACUGUUAAAGUUCCUUAUGUGUGAGUUUUGCCAAGGCUCCUUGUUACUGAUGAUUGUCAAAGAGUUUGCACUGUGUUAUUUCCUGCGAUACGAGUACAAUCGAAUUAUGUUUUUGUACGUUAAAAGAAAGAGAAGAGGGGUGGUUUUAUUUAAAAAAUGAAAAAGACGAAAAAAUACGAGCUAAAAUCCAAUUAUGUCUGUUCAUCACCCGUUUUUAUUUUUAAAAAUCUGAAGGAAAGUCAAGAAAUAUCCAAAAGCAAGUUUCCUGCCUGUGAGCUUAGGAACGAGAAGUGUCCGUGUGUGUUUGUGUGUGUUUGUUUGUGUGUAUGUGGAUACAGUGGCAAUGUUCUUUUGUUUUCAACUCGUGUUUAAAUUGUUUUCCCUCUGAUAAAUUCACAGCCGUGCCUGUUAGCAGCACGAGCUUCCUCAGGCUCGCUGCCUGGACGUGUGCUCGUCUGGCACGGACAAAGGUGCUAAUUCAAGCAUUGGUACAUGGCAAGAAACGCGGCUCUGCGUGCGCGUGUGUGUAGGUGUGUGUUUGAGCGGCCACACAGUUUGUUUGUGAGCUGGAAUACAGAGAGAGAGAGUGAGAGGGAAGGAGGCCAGACGGCGUGUUUUCACACACGCUUCGUUGAUUCAUUCACCCACCACGAUGGCGAGCGCACACACACACGCUAAUAUGCAUUUGGGCGCUGUCAGCUGCAUCAGCUACAGUACACCAGAGCAUUGUGGGAAGAAAAGGGGGAGUUGCACCGAAGCAGAGCCGAGUGGCCGUCGCUCAUCACAUGUUGUACGCAUGCAGCUGAGGUUUAGCAGUAGAGAUGAUGGAGAAGAUAAAGAUUCACUGCAUUUCCUGAAGGUUCGGUUUGUUGGGUUUGAGUUUCCCGGCUUAAUAUGAGGUGUUUAGAAUAUUAAGAGAAAGAAAUAAUGGAAACAAACCUGAAAGUCAUUGCAGAUCAUAUCUGCUUUUGAUUGUUGCGUAGCUGAACGACAGAACUACAUCUUUUCUCUUCAGGCCGGCGUUUUGCUUUUGUUCAGUUUGAGGUUGACCUUCGGGCUCCAGGUGAACUUUUUCAAUUGUCCGGUCGUGAACAGCUUUGCAGUGUUUCAUACAGAUAUUCAAAUCGUCUUCAAAACAGAUUUUAUCAUCAGUUGCUGCCCUUUCCUCCGAAAAAUCAAUCCCAGACCCAAACUAGGAAUUGUUUGCCAAUAUAUCCACAUAAUCUGUGGCAGAUCCAAGUUUCAGUUCCUCUCGUCACUGAAGUGGACUUGAUUAGUUUUAAAUGCAUCCAGGCCACAAAAGUCGGUUUGUCGUCUUACGCCCACUUUGGUUCUGUAAAAAAAAAAACUACUGAUGGCACAGAGUCAAAGAAAAGAUACCCGACCAUUUUAGAUAAAUGCACUCGUUGGUUAUAUUACUCUUUUAUACUUUAAUCGAUUUCUUUUAACAUACAAUCACCUUUCCAGCGUGAAAAACAUUAUUUUCAAACAUAUCAAUAGACCUUUUUGAAGUAAGUACAUAGGCUCAAAAUUGAUUUAACAUGAAUUCAUCACUGCAAUGAAACAAGUCGAGUGUUUAAAUUAAAAAAAGAAUCCAGCUGCUGCUACACAACGAGCUGCUUCACCUGUGACGUUUAAAAUAUCUCAUUUCUGUUUUUAUUUACCACUGUGUUGAAUAUACAUAUCUGCCAGAAGUAAAUUUAUUGACGCAUUUAAAUUAUAAUUGUUUUAUAAAAUCUCACAGCAAAGCGCAUUAUAUUGUAUAGAAAUUCAAACAAAUUACAAUUACAGAGUACAAUUUAAAAAAAACCCAAAAUACUACAUAUUCUAGAUUUGUUUUAUUAUAAAUUAGACAUUUCUGACGUAACUGAAAUUUUAUUUUUUGUUUGAUGGUUUAUGACGAGAAGAAAACCCGAAGCACCUUAUUGCCCGUGUGGGAUCAGAAGUGUGCGAGUGGAACUGUUUCAUGUCACUGUUACAGGUUUAUAAUGUUCAGAUUGAGACACACACACACACACACACACACACACACACACACACACACCCUCCUCGAGUUGAAGGGUCUGUUGCUAAGUCGCCUCUUUAAGUAUAACACACAGCGUCGAAACACUCGGAUAAGAACCAAAAACAGCCGUCGAGGAUUCGUCUAAACUGAUUUUAACUGAACCGGUUUCGUUGCCCAGUGUUAUAAAACAAUUGUCUGCUUUUUACGACAUGGCUUUUAAAGAAAGAUGUUUAGAGACUCUUGAUAUAUUAACAUGAAAAUCCAGUUUUUAUUUUAUUAUUUCUCUCUAAUCCUGAGACGAGCAUCCAGGAGCAAGUGGUUUUUAAUCCAUGCCCGGCCCCACCCUAUAUUCUGGAGCACAUGGUACGAUCUGUGGAGACCUGACCAAUAAGUUUAAUAACUAAGGAGAAGAAGAGUUGAGAUAAAGAAAGGAAAAAAGGAGUGACGGGAA